AUGUCGACAUUCCCAUGCCUCGAUUUCGAUUUGAAGACGCCCGCUUGCGUAGAAUGGAGAUCGGGCGACGCGGCGCAGUAUCUGGUCGACCCUGAUCCGCAACGAGGCCGUGUGACGUUCGAGAGCCGGUUCUCCCAGGAGACGUCGUCGGCAUGUUUUCAACUGCAUUGUCCCAUCAGAGUGAAAGGAAUCGAAUCUCAAUCCCACAUCAUCGGCUUGAUCCACACACAUUCCAUCGCCUUGUUCAACUACGACGAGAACCCAGAGGUUCCCGAGAUAGUGCGAAAGAAACUCAACUGUAGAGCUAUCCGAUUGCAUUUCGAUCUCCGUCGACCUCUCGAUCUUGUUGCUUCAACCGCAGCAACCGAACCUGUGCAGCCAAGGAAGCGGUUAUCUGGCCAAGCUUUCGAUUCUCUACGUUCGCUCGGCAAAUCGACAGCUCUGGAUGUUUACAUUUCAGCAAGAGAUGUUUCUCAAGCCAAGCUGUCGGCUAUCCGCGAAGCUGUCGCUCAAAACACUCUGCAACCACUCGACUCUGAUACCCAAGCUGCUCUGGCUUCACUAUAUGGCGGGAAGGGAGGCAAGAUUAUUAGCCUUCCUCCGCCGCCACACAACUCGUCUGCACUGCCAAAUGAUGAGCCCCCGUCAUACGCCGACCUAGAACCCCCUCCUCCUCCCGACCUCGAACCAUCUUCACUUUCCAAAUCCCCACCGUCCGUCGGCCCUUCAAUAGGGAGAAAUGAUAAAAAGCGACGCCGACUUAGCGAUUCAAGUACUUCAUUGGAGAUCAACAAUAAUAACGAUGUUUGGGCUGCGUUUUCCUAUAUGCGCAAGGAGAUGCAUAGACUAGCAAAGCGCGUUGAGCGACUUGAGAAAGAGAACAAGGAUCUUAAAGAGGAACUUGAGGACCUGCGCACUAGCUGUGAGAAAGCUAUCGAUACCAUAGAUGCGGAUGGGGUGGCUCUACUUGAAGUGCAUGAAGAUCUUGAUGAGCUGAAAGUGCAUGUUGAUUUCCUCUCUAACGGCGGAUUGGAUAGUGAUGCCGAAGGACAUCUUGUCGAAACAGUUAAGAACUCUGUACUCACACAUAUUCUAGAGAAUGGUUAUAAUACGAAGAUAACGAUUGAAAAGAGCUAA